AUGUCGAGCUCUUGGAAGACUACCGUUUUGCACGCCGCAUCAGUCAACGCAGUAAAGGCUCCGCCUCAGCCCGGUGACCUUCUGUCGGACACACCCCGUAAACCGACCCCAUCCACACCCCCGAGCCCCCUUCCCACACUCCCAGAGCCUUCCAAGCAAAGCGACCAAUCCAACAAGCGCCAACGUCCCCAGGACCGCCACGCAAGCCGUCAAGAACGUAAUCGUGCUAACAUGGCAUCCGAACGGCAAGGCCCGAAGCUCCCAUCUCUCUUCUGA